AUGCCUCCCACAAAGCUCCCGGAAUCCGGCAACCCGCUGGUGUUUUUUGAUAUUACGCUUGGCGGUGAGCCUCUGGGCCGCAUCACGUUCGAGCUCUUCAACGAUGUUGUGCCAAAGACGGCUGAGAACUUCCGCCAGUUCUGCACCGGCGAGUCCAAGAACGCCCAGGGCCGGCCGCAGGGCUACAAGGGCUCCAAGUUCCACCGUAUAAUCCAGGGAUUCAUGUGCCAGGGCGGCGAUUUCCUGAACGGCGACGGGACGGGGAGCACAUGCAUCUACGGCACGACCAAGUUCGCCGACGAGAACUUCAACCUGAAGCACGACCAACCCGGUCUGCUUUCCAUGGCGAACGCCGGCCCCAACACCAACGGCUCCCAGUUCUUCAUCACCACGGUCCCGACGCCCUUCCUCGACAACAAGCAUGUCGUCUUCGGCAAGGUCGUCGACGGCAUGGAUGUCGUAAAGAUGAUGGAAGCCACCAAGACGGGCUAUCGCGGCAAGGACCAGCCCAACCAGGAUGUGGUCAUCACCCAGUGCGGCGAGAUGUAA